AUGAGGGCCAUCACGAGAAUAUGGGCCAGCGCCGUGGCGGCGGCGGCAGCGGCAGCGGCGGCUGUGGCAAGCUUCACCAGCACCGGCGCCCAGAGCCAGCCCCGAGGUACCCUACGCGAAGAUGAUGUAGUCAUCGUCCCCCCGUUCGAAGCGAACUUGGUGGAGGUCGCGUCAGAGGCGGACCCGGCGGUUUCGGGAAGAUCGAUCCUGGAUGCCAUCCACGACACGGAGGCGUUUGUGACGGCGAACGAUGACAUGAUCGUGGUGGUCUUCCGAGGCACUCAAGAGCUCACGGACUGGACGACAAACCUUAACAUGGGGCUAAGAUCGGCACGGAAUGAGUGGAAAAUCGACCUAGAGGGUUGCGACUUGCACCGGGGCUUCGACGACGGCGUCGACACGGUGUGGCUACCCUCCAGCAAGAACGGUAUGUACCAGACGAUCAAGAACCUCUACAAUGAGCAUGGCAAGAGCCGCAAGCUGUACAUCGCGGGGCAUUCUCUUGGAGGCGCUCUCGCGACGAUCGCCGCGGCCCGCCUGUCGUUUGUGGACGACAUGAAUAUCGCAGGGAUUUAUACCAUUGGUAGCCCACGCGGUGCCAUCAGCACCUCUAACGUCUGGGACCGCCUGCUGGGGCGGAUGAGUGCUCUCUUCAGGGGGGAGCUGAUCGACGGGAUCAACGACCACGGCACCUCGGAGUACGCCCGGCUGUUCAAGCAAGCCGUCAUCGCCUCGAGGCUGUCGCUUCUCGACAAGACCAAGAGUGUCGUCAAAGACGCCGUGCAGAAGGUUAUCCCCGUCAACAUGGAAAGGAAAAAGGCGCAGCUGCAAGAGAUCCGGCAGGCAAAGGAAGCGGCAUUUAAAGCUUCCAAGGUCACAAUCAGUCCUUCCUUCGACGUCACCGACGAUUCUUCUUCUUCAAUGGAACUAUAG